CUUGGAAGCAAGAGCGAACAAACAGGAGGCAGCUUCUCAGCACAUACUUCACAGAGACAUCUCAAGUGUUUGAUGCUUCACUCCAGAGGCUAUGUGAUCUCCGGUGUGAAACGUUUGGAUGGCAAACAGCUCGGGAAGCAUGUGAUUCGGUUGGCGAAAGCGUCCGAUGCUUCCCCUCACGACAAGAGCGCUCGCUCCAAGAGCACUUCCGCUAUCCCAGUGGUCACUGCCCAGCAUGUUGAGCAUAUCAGACCGAUGAAUGACUGGAAGUUGAACUUUGAGGAUACAACCCAGAGCCUCGCAUGCAAGAGCAGCUAUGAGCUCGCUCUUGCCUCUGCCAUCUUUCAAGUGUGCUCCAUUCAGCCGCUGGUCAAGAAUGCCAAGGACAUGUACUCUUACGCAACCAAGGUGCUCGGGCAUGGGAUCCCCGAUGCUGUCGUGAGGGCGUCUUUCUUCAAGCACUUCUGUGGAGGGGAAAGCUCUGGCGACCUUAAGCCGGUUGUGCAGAAGCUUGGAGUGCAUGGCAUCGGAGCCAUCCUUGACUAUGCCGCUGAGGCUGAUGUUGCUCACACCCCAGAGGCAAGGCCAGGGAUGAGCGCUUCUGCUGAGGCCAUGGAGCAACAGUUUGAGGGAAAUGCUCGCAUCAUUAUGGAUGCCAUCGAUGCUGCCUCGGAAGUCUCUGCGUCAGGUGGCAAGGAGGGCUUCACGGCUGUAAAGCUCACAGGAAUGGGAAGGCCGGAGAUGUUGAGCAGGAUCAGCUCAAUCUUGACAUGGCUGCGCCAGACGUUCGCCCGUCUGGAUGACGACGGCAAUGGUCUUCUCACGCAGGAGGAAUUCAUCAAGGGUUUGUCGAAAGCUGGCUCGAAUCUGUCACACGAGGAGCUGUGCUCUAUCUAUCAGUCUAUUGACGCCAACAAAGACUCAAUGGUGGACGUCACUGACUGGAUGGACUCACUUUGGCCUUCCGAUCCAAAGUUCUCCUUGAUCUUCACCAGCUCGUUCAAGCACCUGCAAGGACCACAGUUCCGCUCGCUAGAUGAUGAGGAGUGUUACCAGUACCAGACGAUGCUGGACAGGUUAGAGAAGCUCGCAGCAUAUGCUGAGCUCAAGGGUGUCAAGCUUCUGGUUGAUGCUGAGCAGAGCUACAUGCAACCCGCGAUUGAUCAUCUUGCCCUCGUCCUCAUGAGACGUCACAAUCAUGAGAAUCCUGUCAUCUUCAACACAUAUCAGUGCUACUUGGUCGACUCCUUCGAUCGUGUGAAGCUGGACGUCCAGCGUGCUGAACGCUACGGGUUUGUCUUUGCUGCAAAGGUUGUCAGGGGAGCCUACAUGCACCAAGAGAGAAAGCUAGCAGCUGAGCAGGGCUACCCCGAUCCCAUCCAUCCCAACAUCGAGGCAACCCACAAGAACUUUGAUGCUGUGGUGGAUUUCCUCAUCUCGAGGAAGGGUCAGAUGGAUCCUGAGACCUUCAAGGCUGAGACGGAGGAGGAGACUGAACGUCGCAAGAAGCUUGCCAUCAUGAUCGCCUCCCACAACGAGGAGUCGAUUCUCAAGGCUGCUGAGAAGAUGAAUCAGAUGGAGAUCUCUCCGGCUCAGAGUGGGAUCUACUUCGGUCAGCUGCAGGGAAUGUGCGACCAUGUUUCCUUCGCUCUUGGCAAGAAGCACUUCAACGUGUACAAGUACCUCCCGUAUGGCCCCGUCAAGGAGGUGAUGCCGUACCUGCUGAGGAGGCUGGAGGAGAACAGCGACAUUCUUGCGGGAGUCAAGAAGCAGAAGAAGCUGAUCAUGACCGAGCUCUCGCGUCGUCUGGGAUGGCGCAAGCAUGCAAGCUGCUGAAUUGGUCGAUGGGCCUCCUGUCAGUUUUGGUAGUGUGGAGAGUGCAGGAGCUCUUGAGUUUUUGUAGAAUAACUUGAUUAUUACUCUGUAAAUACAUGAUCU